AUGAAUCCAGGUAGCCAGUACCCUGGUUAUGUAGAUUUCCUUCAUAGCGUUUCAGGAAAUAAUGCUCAGGGAAACUUUCCUUAUGAAAGUUUUCCUUAUAGUCUCAACCUUGGAGCCUCUCAAAUUCCCCCUUUCAGUUCACAACAGACUGAAGCUCCAUCCCAGCCUGAUAACCCACCAGUGAAGACACCAGUGGAGCGGAUGGUGAGAAAGAAAUGGAAUCCUGUUGAUGACGAGGUCCUGAUCAGUGCCUGGCUAAACACAUCAAAAGAUGUUGUUGUCGGCACUGAACCGAAAUUACGGAAUUUCUGGAAACGCGUAGGACAUUACUUUUCAGCAGCUCAUCAUGAGAAGAGAGAUGGAGAGCAUUCAUACGCAGCUGCGGAGAGGCUUCAAAGUAGCGGUCAGAAUGACAACGACUUAGUGAAGAAGGCUCAUGAGAUCUACUUUGCGGAUCACGGCUCCAAGUUCACCUUGGACCAUGCAUGGUGUCUUCUGAGAUACGAACAGAAGUGGCUGAGCCUGAACACUCCAAAGUCUGGCGGUGAGAAGAGAAAGACUGGUGAGGUUGGUUCCAAAGCAUCAAGCAGUAAAGUUGGUGAGGAAGAGCCCCGUCCUGAAGGUAUCAAAGCUGCGAAAGCAAAAAGGAAUUCUAGGAAGGGGAUGGCUGUCGAGGACUUUAAGAGCGUCCAUGAGCUCAAGAUGGAGGAUUUGGUGAAGAAGGAGAGGCUCUCGAAGCUGGCCAUUUUAGACACUCUCCUUGCUAAGAAGGAGCCAAGCGAGAGUGAAGAAAAUGCCAUGAGAUUGGAUUAUUCGUACACGCAGCCGUCUGAGUCGGAGGAUUAUGGUUUAGGAGGUUCAGCAGACAGUGGAAACAGCUCUACAGAUUUGAGUUUCAACCAAGAGAAGUUCCGGAUACAAAUUUGA